AUGGUGGCGAGUACCCGAGUACAAAAGCUUCUCCGACGAUACAAACUCGCUAUUGCUGUCGCUUUAACAAUUCUCCUGAUUCAAGGCUUGGUGGUAUGGAGUUUAAGGAGCCUGGAGGAAGGAGAGGGAGAGUUGAUACGCCGGCGGUCUAAGCUGCCUGACCACAACAGCCAGGAUGUUAAGAGAGACUCAGAGGCCUGGGAGAGACAGAAUGCGCCAUCAGGUGGCUACCGUGGCCAGAGGAAACAAGGCACGGAGCGGCAACUCGUCACUCGAGCCACCAAAAAAGGGACCAAGAGGCGAGGGAAGCCCUCUUUAAUGGAUAAGACCCAAGUUGGGCGGCCUGCUGCUGGUGUGGACACAGUUGCCCACUAUGAUCCAUCCAGCAGCCGUAACUUUUCAGACACAAAGGGGCAGGAAGUGGGUAAAUUCCCACCAGUUGCCCCAGGAGAGCCGGGGAGCGUUGAGGGUGCCCCUCAGGUCCCAAGUAGUGACUUUGUGCCCAGGUGUGAGAUCUUGGGAAAGGAUGCUCUGUCGGCACUGCACCGUGCAGGAUCACGCCAGUGCCGGCAACAGAUCGCCAACGUUGUGUGCAAACACCAGGCCGGGGAACUGAUGCCACAGGCUCUGCCUCAGUACUGCCCACAGCAUGUCCUGUCUAGUGCUGGCCAACAGGUUGACAUCAUAGACAACGAUUUGUCCAGUUUGGAGAAUCCAGUCAGGGUGGCUUUUGUGCUGAUGGUUCAUGGCCGUUCUGUGCGGCAGCUGAAACGACUUCUUAAAGCCAUCUAUCACAAGGACCAUUUUUACUACAUGCAUGUGGAUAAGCGCUCCAACUACAUGCAUCGGGAAGUUCUGCUCAUGGCUGAGCAGUACUCCAAUGUGAGGGCCACACCUUGGCGCAUGGUCACCAUCUGGGGAGGUGCCAGUCUACUAAAGGCGUACUUGCUCAGUAUGCAGGAUCUGCUCUCCAUGCUUGACUGGAAGUGGGAUUUUUUCAUCAACCUCAGCGCUACUGACUUCCCCACCAGGACCAACGAUGAGCUGGUGGCUUUUCUCUCAUUGAAUCAUGACAAAAAUUUCUUGAAAUCACAUGGAAGAGAGAAUGCAAGGUUCAUUAAGAAGCAGGGGUUGGACCGGCUUUUUCACGAGUGCGAUAAUCACAUGUGGCGGCUGGGUGAGCGCACCAUCCCCGAGGGUCUAGACGUGUCGGGAGGGUCUGACUGGUUCUCGCUCACACGGCGUUUUGUGGAGUACGUAGUCAACUCCAAGAACGAGCUUGUGAUGGGACUGAAGCAGUUCUACACCUAUGCCCUGCUUCCUGCUGAGUCUUUUUUUCACACGGUGUUGGGAAACAGCCACAUGUGUGACACGCUAGUAGACAACAACCUGCGUGUUACUAACUGGAACCGAAAGCUCGGCUGCAAGUGUCAGUACAAGCACAUAGUGGACUGGUGCGGCUGCUCUCCCAAUGACUUCAAACCUGCUGAUCUGAUCCGAAUUCAGCAGCUGACACGGCCCACAUUUUUCGCCCGCAAAUUUGAAUCCACCGUGAACCAGGAGGCCAUAGAUAUUCUUGAUACUCACCUAUACGGUCACCACCCGCCAGGCACGCCAGCACUUAAGGCCUAUUGGGAAAGCGUUUUUGAGCAGGAGGAUGGUGUGGGGAUGCUCAGCGAUGUGGCCCUCACUGCCUACACGUCCUUCUUCAGACUAGGUCUUCGUAGUCAGGAGAACGUGCACGAGGCCUGCAGGUUUGUGCCCAUUGACUUUCCUGUAUCAGUGCACCUCUAUUUUUAUGACGACCGUUUCCAGGGCUACCUUGUGCGACAAGAAGUUCAAAGCAUUGCAUCUGGAAAGAAAGACAUAUUAGAGGUGUGGAUUGUUCCUCAAGCCACACUGCAGCUGGAGAGCAACCUGCAUGAGUUUGAAAGACUGAAGAACCUAGAGGUUGGAACAGAUUGGGACCCUAAGGAAAGAAUCUUCAGGAAUUUCGGCAGUGUAAUGGGCCCUUUGGAUGAGCCUGUGGCAGUGCAGAAAUGGGCUCGUGGACCCAAUCUCACAGCCACUAUAGUGUGGAUUGACCCAGCACAGGUGGUAGCAGCAUCUUACGACAUCAGCGUCGAUGUAGAGGCGGAGUUUACCCAGUACAAGCCGCCGCUGCAGCGUCCUCUCAGGCCGGGAGUCUGGACUGUCCGGGUACUGAGGCUCUGGCAUCGUGUGGCAGAGGCUCGCUUCCUGGUUAUGCCUCUGGCUUUUAAAGCAAAGGAACCUUUUCGCAAAGAGGAGCAUGGUUGGCUGCAUGCAGGUCCUCCAGGGAAUGUGUAUAUGGAGCAGGGCUUCCAGCAGCUUUCCCAUGUUCUGAAGCUGCCCCCUAUGGAGCCAGCCCUGAAAGAGGCCAAGAAGGGGACCUCACUGGUGGGCAAGGCUCUGGAUGCCUGGGUAGACAGUUUAGCGGGUGCUUUUUGGGUAACCGGAGGCGUCUGUUCCACUCAGACGUCCCUCUGCCCCACCGUAACGUUGUGCACCAAGACUAACUGGAGUUCCAUGUCCCCGGAUCCCAAGUCUGAACUCGGGUUGGUCAAAAGCAAUGGCCGCAUCAGGUAGCCCGAAAGAUUUGGUGCACAUCAGGACUUAAUCACAAAAGUGAACUACAGGGCUGAAGGGCCCCCGUGAGAGAUGUUUACAGAAUAUGGGUCUCUGAGAUCAUCCUACUGCGGCAGGUCUGACAGAGGUAGUCGAGGCACCUUGUGUUGAGGGUUUGGUGUCCGGGACAGUCUAGGAAAGGAGUGAUUGAUAUUUGCACAUGAGGACUUUUUUGUGGUCUUAUUGUAUCAUUGUCCUUAAACCUUACAGGAUUUUGAGGCGUCACCAUGAGCGGUCUUGUUUUGACUGAACUGAUGACGCAGAACAGUACACCUCAACAGUUUUAUUUUUAAUGAACAAAGUGCACAUUGUCGUCUGUUUAAGUUUAGGCAGAAUUGUUAUUUGAAGCUCUACUACCUGUUCAAGAUUGGUUAAAUACACUAACCUGUUUUUCUGUGUUUAUUUAAAGUGUUGAUAAUGGAACGUCAGAUUCAUCAAGUGCACUUUAUGUUAACAUUGUUCUGUGUACUAGUUGUUUGAAACAAACAAUAAUGCCUAGUGCACACUAUGUGAUUUUAAGCCAGAUUCAGCAGACUAACCUCAGCGCGUGCUUGUUAUAUUUUUAAGAAAAAUGACCUGAGACCAGUCAUGUAGCGUAGAAUCUUAGCGAUGAGAUGGUGUGCCAGUAAUUGAGACACAUGGUUGUGGUUUAAAGGCUGGAAUUCUUUUGUUUCAGUGUGUAAGGUAAUUGGACAUGUUUUUCAUGACCCUUUUCAUCUAUUUUUACCAACAGUGCCAAUAAUUACAGACAGAGCAGGCUGUAAAUUGUAAAUGAUUUUAAAGAUUUGGCACUCAUUUCUACAAUCCUGUCAAUGUUGUGUGUAUUAUUUAGAGACAACAAAAUGUUAUGUUUAGCUGCUUUAGAUAAUCCAUUGAAAGCUUUUGUGGUGUUCAAACCCAGAGAUCAGCUUUGUACUGAAGACUGAUAGUGCUUGGGUCAUGUAGCAUGUACAUUUACAUUGAUUCUGACUUAAAGUCGUAAAGUGUGCACUAGGUUUAAGACAGAGCUUAUGAAGUGAAUAUGGGAGUCAACCAGUGAUCAGAGACUUGGAGUAUAUAUCAAGUUUAGGUGUAUUUUAAGUGCUGCUUAGAGAGUUGCUGCUUUUCACAACAAAUUGUACCCCUUGUGAUGGUACAGUUUGGCAAACUGUACUCUAAAACCUUCUGGUUCUUAAAAAUCACCUUAUUUUUUCUGCUGGCUGUACGCUUUCCAACCAAGGGAAGUUAAUUAUGAACCAUUAACUGACAAAGAAGGCAUUGUUUAAUUAAAGAAAAUAUUUAAAUGUUUUUCCAAUCUGAAGAAAUUCCACACCCUACCCAACAGUGUUGUCGAAUUCUGAAUUUUAAAUGUGAGGGUAGGCCUCUACUGACUUUGCAGUGUUAAAUAAUUUUAUUGAGAGAGCUUUAAAAUAUUGGUUGCAUCUGGAUUAACAUAGGAGUGCUAGCUACAAUCUUUAUUUAAAAUAUACAUUCAGUACCAAACUAGUUUUGGUCUGAAUGUGUUAAUGUUCCUGUACUACAUUACAAAACCUGGAAUUGUUCUGAAACAAAACUAUGUAUGGUUCAAAGAAUUUGUCAAAAUUGGCAUCUUUACUCCAAAUCCAGUAAGUGUAAGAACAUGAUUUAAUGCAUUUUUAUCUUUGGUCACUCUCAUUUCUGAACUAAUGUUGUUCUAAAAUGUUAAGCUGUCUGAAAUACCACAAAAGCGACAACAGCAACUCCAGGUGUUAAUCGCUUUCACGAUUGUAUUUCCUGUGUUGAAUCAGUGCACAUACAAUAUGAACCAUGGGUUUGUGAUUCUGAGCUGAUACAUUUUGUCGUCAUUACCAUCUUGCAAUUCAAUAGCAGGCUUUUUCUCCAUGAACAUGAGUUUUUCAUACACGUGGUGCCCUGUUGUGUAAUUGAAUAAUUAUUCAUCAGUUACUGGUUAAAACACCUUGAUAACUCCCAAGCCUUUUGGGAUAAUGUUUAGUCUUUUCUUCAGCCAUGCCCAGAGCUUGCACCCUUGGGAAGUAUGGUUAAAAAGGACAUGGAAAAGCAUAAUCUAACACUAAAAUGAUUGAAGUAAAUAUAACCUGAUAAAAUCGUGCACCCUCUCUUUGCCAACAUUACAGUUGUUUUUGGAAUUGGAUUUUCAACAAGCUCAUAGUUAAGUAUCCACAUACUUUUGGCCAUAUGUAUUUAUUCUAAUCAAAUAAAUUUUGUUUGAUUAAAGGUUACAUCUUAAAUAGGGUUAAGACUGAGCUAUUGAACAACACAAACCCAUUUUUCUAUGGUGCCUAUAAUUCUUGAGUUGACUGUUUGGAUUGCAAGUUGUGUGUCGGUGAUAGGAGUGUCAGCCAUAGCAGUAUUACUGUUUUAAAUAUCUCGUUGUCACUGAUUUGUUUGUGUUCCGUCAUCCAAAAUAUCCAGCGUCCUGUGGUCAGAAACUGUAACUGCUGAAAGGCCAGAAGACGAACAACAAAAAUGCAUCAAAUCACAUGCAGUUGUUUCUAUUUACAAGCAGUAAAUAGUAAUGCUGUUAGUAGUGCAGUAAUGCUGAUUUAAUUGGUGUGCAUUAAAAAUAAACAUUUUCUCAUUUAAAUUUUUUUGGGCAAAGUGUGUUAUUAAGAAUGCAACUUCGGUAAAAUGGUCUGUUUCAUGAACAUUGUUUCACAUUGUCUGUCUCUAUUGGUCUGUCAUGAGAAGCUACCUGAAAUAAAAGAGUUGAAGAGCAGAGAUAUUACUCUUUCAGGCACAAUAAAGAUGACAGUAAAUACA